AUGAAGCCGUCAUCUUCCGCUUUAAAAUCUACUUCGAGAUCGUCCUCGCUGAAGCAUUCCGUUUCAUCACUCCCUAAGAAGAGGAAGCCCCCACAUCACCUUCAGAACUCUAGCUCCAAGGAUGCUAGUUCUUCUUCUUUAAUCAUCAAGCCUAACACAAUAAAAAGCGGCAGAACAGACCAUUCUGAAACACAGCAUCGUAGUAAUAGUGUCAAUUCGAGAGUAGGUAAGUCUUUACAAGCGCAUCCAUCAAGUACCAAAAACUCGGUGACCUUGGUGCGUCUUCCAAAACCACCUCGUCUCAAGCGUGUUGAUGCGGGUUUGAAGAACCCUCCUUUGCGUACUCAGGGUACGCAUACAGGAGUGCAUUCGAGAAGUACUUUCCUUCCUUCAGUAGGGGGUGCAGGUGCUGGAUUCGCUUCGCGUAGACAUCAUCAUGCACCCCAAUUAAGCCCUUGGGAUGCCAUCACGAAGUUAAAACAUUGGAUUCAAUCCCAGCUGAUUUUACGCACAAUCAGGAAACCAGGAUGCUUGGCCCAGCGCGUUCAAAUAAAAAUCGAUCAUGAGGAGAGACUAGCGAAGAUACGGCAGCGUUGUGCAAGGCGUGUCGUUAAGCGUUUCCUGGUAAAUUACGUCGUCAAGAGAAGAUCACUGCGCGAAGCAUCUAGUUUUAAAGGUAUUGAUGAACACGCCCUACCUUUGAUGAAAAAAGUAUUUGAAGCGCUGCUUCAAAACUCACUCUAUGCUAGGCAUGGUGAUUUAGAUCUUGCUCACCAGAGGCCUUCACGCUACAAGCAAGCAAUCAUGCGGAUUGAGCAAGCCUGGCUGCGAAGUGGGACCUAUCGUACGCAGAUGCAGCGCCUCCGUUAUCAGCUCCUUGAAAGAAUUGAGAGUAUUGAAAGACGUGAUCUAGUGCGACAGCGUUUGAGCUUUAUGAUACAAUCCCAUCAGCUUUUUUACAAUAGCUUUAUCAUGAUUUCUGAAGGAGCUGCGUGGCGCUCCUAUUUAUCAAACCAAACGUCUAUUUUCGAUUCGACUGGUGAAUUAAAAUCAAAAGGUAUUUACAUCAAUGAGGAUGAGACUUUGGUUCUGAUGAAUUCCCUUGAUAGUUCUUCCAUACAGUGCUUGCUUCGGUUUCUGUGCGAGGACGAUGACGAGUCUGCACAGGGGGGUGAGCCAUACUCAGAGGACGAUAUUAUACGCGAAUGUUCUCGCCGUCUCCUUUUUUCUAAGGAAGAAUGGAAGCUUCUAAAGGAAUCUGGUAAGGAGAAACUUGAAGGCAUGCUACGUAAUGCCACCGCGUUGAAAAAAGUACAAGACGAAAUAAUUAAGUGUAAUCAGGUCAUCGGUAGUCUAGAUUCGUUUUCAGGUGCUGAGAAUCCCAAGAAGGCACCUCAUCCUCUAAGCAUGAAAACACGCGCCAUCUCAUUUACAACUUGCACGCUGCCGUAUUUUCUCACUCAACGUCGCUUCUUUGAAUCGGGACGUUCUUCAAAUUUUUAUGGAAGCUCAGGUCUUGAAGUGCAGCUAAACAAGCCUCUAGUCAACGACGACGAUAGUCGCUAUGUUUUGAGCGAUGGAUUCAUUCUCCAUCCGGCCAAUGCCAAACGGAGUCUUUUAUUCCGUGAGUAUGAAGUUGCUCUCAAAAUAGCUCGCGAGCAUUGUCAACCCGUUGCCAUGACUCCGCUUGAUAAUUCUUUCGUGAUAAAAGGCUACUCUAGUAGAAUAACGGAGUUCUACCUUGAGCCUACCAUGUCAUUGCAGGGAUGCCGUCUUUAUCCUCAAUCUCAGGUCGGGUUUUAUACAAGCAACAUCAUCUUAGGAGAUUUGUGGGCAGACUUUUUGGAAAGGUUGCAGAAUAAACAAGGGUGCUUCAUAGAAAAUUCUAAAACUAGACGAAGAACAGGGUCGGAAAAAUAUUCACUUUGCGCUGCACCACGUGGUGAGGAGGGGUCAGAAGAAGGAAAAAGCCGAGGUGGUAAGUGGCGCCACAAUAUAAGCGAUGAGCCCGUCCGACGGCGCCGAUGGCCAAUUCCCCUCUAUUUGCUUUUUCGAGAUGACGAUGUAGCUGCAGCGCCGGAAGGCUCAGGGUUUUUCAUCGAGGAUUGCAUUGACAGUUUGAAAAGGAAAACGUGCAACUACGGAAGUCGCCUCUUUUCAUGUGAUCAAACGUGUACAUCGGCAAAAUCCCAACUCGAUGCAAGAAAAGAAGAUUAUUCGAUUAAAUUACUAAACAAAACAGACUUUGGGGAAGUUGAGUUUAAGACAAAUGAUUCACAAAAUUGGCUUAGUUUUUUGCUUAUGGUAGAGCAACUUUUGAUUCAAGAACGCAAACAUCGCUUUAAGUUAUCUCAAAGUGCUUUGACACAGCAUCGUAGUAUGUUAAGAUUACUUGAUUUACAAGGUGGAGGAAGAAAAUCCUCAAUGGUACGGAAAGAAAAAAUUGCUUGA